GUUAUGUCAGCAUCAAAGGAAACAAGCACGAUGUUUCAUAUGAAUAACUGCACAGAAAACAGAAUUUAGUGUGCGGAACCAACAAAAUGUAAAAUAACUGCCAGAAGAAGAUGACAUCAUGUUGAAAAUUGGAACAGGUCACUAUCGUGCUUUUUUCCAUAGAAGGAAGACUGCUUUUUUAUGUAAUCAAAUCACAAGUUGUGGAAGCAACGCUAAGAGCGAAAAUAUUGCUUAUCAUCUCAUCUUAAGAUCUCAUCAACUCAGUGAUUGAGAAGAAAAGCUAUUACAUUAUAUAUGCAAUAAAGGAAAGUAGUCCUCUGAAUUUUUAUAAAAAAAUAUUCUGUCAAUUCUUGUAAAAUAUACAAAUCAUGAAGAUACAUUUAAUAACGCAUACGAAAAAUCUGUAUGCUUGUAAUAUAAGGGAUAAAAUACUUUAUCAACAAGGAUAUUUAAAGACAAAUUUACUGACACAUACGAAAGAGAAACUACAUAUUUGUGAGAUAUGCUGUAAAAUGUUUUCUGUACGAGGAAAUUUAAAGAGACAUUCACUGAUAUGCAAGAAAGCGUUUUCUCAUAAAGGAAGUUUGAAGAGGCAUUUAAGGAGGCACACGAAAGAGAAACCGUAUAUUUCUGAGAUUUGCGUUGAAGCGUUUUCUCAAAAAAGAACUUUAAAGAUACAUUUAAGAAAGCAUACGAAAGAGAAAACGUAUGUUUGUGAUAUUUGCAGUGAAGCUUUUUCUCAUAAAAAAAGUUUAAAGAUGCAUUUAAGAACGCAUACGAAAGAGAAACCGUAUGUUUGUGAGAUUUGCAGCAAACCUUUUCCUCAAAAAGGAAAUUUAAAGAAACAUUUAAGAACGCAUACGAAAGCGAAACCUUAUGUUUGUGAGAUUUGCCGCGCAACGUUUUCUCGAAAUGGAAGUUUAAAAAUACAUUUAAGAACGCAUACGAAAGAGAAACCGUAUGUUUGUCUGAUUUGCAGUGAAGCUUUUUCUCAAAAAGGAACUUUAAAAAUACAUUUAAGAACGCAUACGAAAGAGAAACCGUAUGUUUGUGAGAUUUGCAGUAAAGCGUUUUCUGAAAAAGGAAAUUUAAAGAGACAUUUAAGAAUGCAUACGAAAGAGAAACCGUAUGUUUGUGAGAUUUGCAGUGUAGCGUUUUCUCAAAAAGGAAAUUUAAAGAGACAUUUAAGAAUGCAUACGAAAGAGAAACCGUAUGUUUGUGAGAUUUGCAGUGUAGCGUUUUCUAAAAAAGAAAACUUAAAGAGACAUUUAAGAAUGCAUACGAAAGAGAAACCGUACGUUUGUGAGAUUUGCAGUAAAGCGUUUUCUGAAAAAGGAAAUUUAAAGAGACAUUUAAGAAUGCAUACGAAAGAGAAACCGUAUGUUUGUGAGAUUUGCCGUGCAACAUUUUCUCGAAACGGAAGUUUAAAAAUACAUUUAAGAACGCAUACGAAAGAGAAACCGUAUGUUUGUGAGAUUUGCAGGAAAGCUUUUUCUCAGCGAGGACAUUUAAACAUUCAUUUACGGACGCAUACGAGAGAGAAACCAGGUUUGUGACGUUUUCAAAAAAGCUGCUUUUGCACAUGGAAAUUUAAAGAGACAUGUAUGGACGCAUUCGAAAGAGAAACCAUAUAUUUGUGAGAUAUGCAAUAAAGCGUUUUCUCAUAAAUAUACAUUUAAAAAUUUGAGUAAGGUAAUUUGAGUGUACAUUUAAGGAUACAUACGAAAGAGAAACCGCAUGUUUAUGAGAAUUGCAGUGAAGCGUUUUCUCAUAAAGGAAGUUUAAACAGACAUUUACUGACGCAUACGAGAGAGAAACCGUAUGUUUGCGAGAUUUGCAAUGAAGCUGUCUCUCCAAAAGGAAUUUUAGAAAUGCAUAAGGACACGUACGAAAGAGAAACCAUAUAUUUGUGAGGCAUGCAAUAAAACAUUUUCUCUACGAGGAAAUUUAAACAGACAUUUACGGAGGGAUACGAAAAAGAAUCCGAAUGUUUAUGGCGUUUUCAAUAAAGCCUUUUCUGUGCCAGAAAAUUUAAAGAAACAUUUACAAACGGAUGCGAAAGAGAACCCAUAUAUUUAUAUUUGCAAUAAAGCGUUUUUUCUACGGGAACAUUUAAGGGCGCAUACGAAAGAGAAACCGUAGGUUUCUGACAUUUGGAUUGAAAUGUUUUCUCUUAAAAGAAGUUUAAACUCACAUUUACUGACGCAUACAAAAGAGAAACCGGACGUUUGAAAUAUAUGCAAUAAAACAUUUUCUUGUGCAAACAUUUUAUGUAAAUACUUUCUGAUAAAUACGAAGCAGAAAGUUCUGUGUGUAAUAAAGCAUUUAAUGAAAAAGGAAAUUUGCAGUCCCAUUUACCGAUCCAUUCUAAAAAAUAGCUACAUGUUCGUUGUGUGUGUAAUAACAUAUUUUCUGGUCGAAACAUUGUAAGAAGAUAUUUAUUGACGCAUACAAAAUUAAAUUCGCAUAUUUUAAGAUGUGCAACAAAACGUUUUCCUUGCGAAUAGAUGUGAAAUUGCUUUGCGUUGACAUUGCGAAAUAUGAGUUACGUUGCCUUGCGUAAUGUGAGCAAUAAAGCAUUUUCUGAACCCCUGGAGUUUAAAGACACAUUUAUUGCCGGAUGCAAAAAUAAAAAAAAAGACAUGUUCCUGUUGUAUGCAAGAAAACUUUUUCUCGCUGAAGUUUAUCACAAAUACUUGCUGACGCAUACGACUGAAUAGCAGUUGCGAGAUAAACAACAAAGGUUUCCCUUCCCUAUAGGGGAAUUUAAAGGCGCAUUUACUGAUACAUACAAAAGAGAAACCUUAUGUCUACAAUUAUUUGCAACAGAGUCCGGGAUCGAAGAAAUAUUAAAAAAGAAAUUUAGACACAUAUAUUGAAACAAAGUUUCCAUGCCAUUUUUUUUCAAAUUUUCCUAUAAUCAUUAUUAAUUAAGAUUUUAAUGAAGUAUACAAACUAACCGCAAUUAUGUGUAUGUGAAGC